UAUGGUGGACGGAUAAGAAUCACAAACUAGGAAGCUUGAGUACCUUUUCCCUAAACCCAUUUGGCCAUGGAAGCCGUACAGUUUCCUGCCGCUGCUUCUCGGCAUUUCACGGCUGCAGCUUCUCCUUCUCUUUCAAUCGCUAAAAGCCAUAGCAAUUCGAAGAGUUCAGCUAGAUUUUGCUCAUCUUGGAGUGGUUCAAACCUUUCUGCUUCUCUCUCUUCCAGGAAUUUAUUCACGAGAGAGAUAUGGUGUUGGGUAAAUUCCAAAAGUGUUACCACUAGAAAAGAAAUGCGUGGAAUUGUAAGAGCAGAAAUGUUUGGGCAGUUGACCGGCGGCCUCGAAGCAGCUUGGAACAAGCUAAAAGGAGAAGAGGUUUUGACUAAAGAAAAUAUUGUGGAGCCUAUGCGGGAUAUUAGGAGGGCUCUUUUGGAAGCAGAUGUAAGCCUUCCUGUUGUAAGAAGGUUUGUGCAAGCCGUCAGUGAGCAGGCUGUUGGUGUUGGCCUUAUCCGUGGGGUGAAACCGGAUCAGCAAUUGGUGAAGAUUGUACAUGAUGAGCUAGUGAAAUUAAUGGGUGGAGAGGUGUCUGAACUUGUUUUUGCAAAAUCUGGGCCCACUGUUAUUUUAUUGGCUGGUCUACAAGGAGUUGGAAAGACAACAGUAUGUGCAAAGUUGGCUCUUUACCUUAAGAAACAGGGGAAGAGUUGUAUGCUGGUAGCUGGAGAUGUGUAUAGACCUGCUGCUAUUGACCAACUUGUUAUUCUGGGUGAACAGGUGAAAGUGCCUGUAUAUGCUGCUGGGACUGACAUUAAACCUGCAGAAAUAGCUAAACAAGGCUUAGAGGAGGCCAAAAAGAAAAAUAUAGAUGUAGUAAUAGUGGAUACUGCUGGAAGGCUUCAGAUAGAUAAAGGAAUGAUGGAUGAGUUGAAAGAUGUAAAGCGGGCACUGAAUCCCACAGAAGUUUUGCUUGUUGUGGAUGCAAUGACUGGCCAGGAGGCUGCAGCCCUAGUCACAACAUUCAACGUCGAAAUUGGGAUUACUGGAGCUAUUUUGACAAAGCUAGAUGGAGACUCCCGAGGAGGAGCAGCUUUGAGUGUUAAAGAGGUAUCAGGAAAGCCAAUCAAGCUUGUAGGGCGAGGAGAGCGGAUGGAAGACCUUGAGCCUUUCUAUCCAGAUCGUAUGGCAGGACGAAUAUUAGGAAUGGGAGACGUUCUCUCAUUUGUGGAGAAGGCGCAAGAAAUUAUGCGUCAAGAAGAUGCUGAAGACUUGCAAAAGAAGAUAAUGAGUGCAAAGUUUGACUUCAAUGAUUUCCUGAAGCAAACUCGUGCUGUUGCAAAGAUGGGGUCCAUGACCCGUGUUAUUGGGAUGAUUCCUGGUAUGUCAAAGGUUACUCCUGCACAAGUUCGAGAAGCGGAGAAGAACUUAAAGAUUAUGGAAGCAAUGAUUGAAGCAAUGACCCCUGAGGAAAGAGAAAAUCCAGAACUGUUGGCAGAGUCUCCUGUAAGGAGGAAAAGAAUUGCUCAAGAGUCUGGAAAAACUGAGCAGCAGGUGAGCCAACUUGUUGCUCAACUCUUCCAAAUGCGGGUUCGCAUGAAGAAUUUGAUGGGUGCAAUGGAAGGCGGAUCUAUGCCCGCACUGAACAAUCUUGAGGAGGCACUCAAAGCUGAACAAAAGGCUCCUCCUGGUACUGCAAGGAGGAAGCGAAAAUCGGGGUCGAGGAGGCAGUUUGUAGAGUCAUCAUCAGAGAGGCCAAGUCCUCGUGGCUUUGGGGCUAGGAACUAAACUGAGAAAACAAAGGAAGAAUUCUCAUUGGAGUUUAUUAAUGUCUGUAAUUUCUUUCUACUAUUAAUGACAGACAUGCAAGAGAGAUCGACUUAUUUUUAGUAGAGUUAAGCUGCUCUCACAAGGUUUGUAGUGCAAUUCUCAUUUCACAAUUUUUUAUUCAUAAUAAUAUCACCAAGCUUGCAUUUUUUA